AUGACUAAGGAGAAUGGAAAGGGGUGGAAGGACGAGCUUCCUAUAGCUCUGUGGGCUCAUAGAAUAGCCAAAUCACAAGUUACAUUUUCUCUAGUCUAUGGCACAGAAGCUAUUAUCCCAAUAGAUUUAGUAAGGCCAGCGGUGAAACUGGCAGAGAUUGCAGGGAUACCCAGAGAAGACACUUUGGAAAUUAUGGAGAAAAUGUGUGACAAUGGUGCCUCUCAUAACCGCCUUUACCAGGCUAAUGUGAAGGCUAAGCAUGAAGGCCAAGUUAAAGAAAGGAAGUUUCAAGUGGGAGAAUUUUUUUUCGGAAAGCUGCCCCGCAUGUAUGAGGAGUUGCUAGAGCUGUUAAACAAAGGUUUUCUCCAAAAUGGGAAGGACCAUACAUAG